CGAUCAGUGUGUUGUUGGUGACGCAACCUGAGGAGGACCUAAACACAACCCCACAUAACCCCACACAACACGCUGCUGCAUUCAUCCCUUAGGGAAGGACGCCAGCUUAAACGUCUGUUUGCUUGACAGAAAACCUCUUCUCUCUCCUCUGUGUGUUGAGAAAGCCUGCAUCAUGUCUAAAGGUACCGUGGUUCUGGCCUACAGCGGUGGAUUGGACACGUCCUGCAUCCUGGUGUGGCUCAAGGAGCAGGGCUACGAUGUCAUCGCAUAUUUGGCCAACAUUGGACAAGAUGAAGAUUUUGAAGCAGCCCGGAAAAAAGCAGAAAGCCUCGGUGCAAAGAAGGUUUUCAUUGAAGAUCUGCGCUCACAGUUUGUGGAGAACUUCAUCUGGCCUGCAGUCCAGGCCAAUGCUGUGUAUGAGGACCGAUACCUGAUGGGCACUGCGGUAGCACGGCCCUGCAUCGCCCGUCGUCAGGUCGAGAUCGCCCGCCGGGAGGGUGCCCAGUUUGUAUCCCACGGUGCCACUGGAAAGGGAAAUGACCAAAUACGGUUUGAGUUGACGUGCUACGCCCUCUACCCUGAGGUCAUGAUUAUUGCGCCAUGGAGGAUCCCUGAGUUUUACAAUCGCUUCCGGGGGAGAACAGACCUGAUGGAAUAUGCACAGAAACAUGGCAUCCCAGUGCCCGUCACUCCUCAAGCACCUUGGAGCAUGGAUGCCAAUCUGAUGCAUAUAAGCUAUGAGUCUGGCAUCCUGGAGAACCCCAAGAGCCAUGCUCCUGCUGACCUCUACCUGAUGACCAAGAACCCAGAAGAUUCUCCCAAUGAACCGGAUGUACUGGAGAUAGCGUUCAAAAAUGGAGUGCCUGUCAGGGUGACCAAUGUGAAGGAAAACAAAUCUGAAGACACUCCACUGGAUAUCUUCUCAUACCUCAAUGAGAUUGGAGGAAAGCAUGGAGUGGGCCGGAUUGACAUCGUAGAGAACCGUUUCAUCGGCAUGAAGUCCCGAGGAAUAUAUGAAACCCCAGGAGGCACAGUUCUGCUGAACGCCCAUUUAGACAUCGAGACCUUUACCAUGGACAAAGAGGUGCGGAGGAUCAAGCAGGGACUUGGUAUCCGGUUCUCUGAACUUGUCUACAAUGGUUUCUGGGACAGUCCAGAGUGUGAUUUUGUGCGACACUGCAUCGCCAAGUCUCAGGAGAACGUGGAGGGCAAAGUGCAGCUGUCCGUCUUCAAGGGUCAGGUUUACAUCCUGGGGCGAGAGUCGCCCAAAUCUCUGUACAAUGAAGAGUUGGUCAGCAUGGAUGUGCAGGGCAACUACGACCCUUGUGAUGCCUCUGGAUUCAUCAGGAUUAAUGCUGUCAGGUUAAGAGAGCACCACCGUUUGCAGGGUUUCUCCGGCACCAAGAAGUGAUCGUUCCAGUCAUGUGAACCAUCUUCCUUUCUUCCCUCCUCACUCCACUGUAUCCUAGAGAGUAACUGAUUUAAAGUUUGUGCCUCCAUUGUGCACCUGUUGCCUUAUUGUCUAGUGUUAGUUGUAUAAGCAGGAUCAGGAUAUCUAACACACUUGAAAGCACACUAGACUCUUAGUGUAGAAAUAUUUUAUAGGUGGUGAAAAGAGGAGGAAGAAAACAUAUGACAUCACGUCUGAAUAAAGUCCACAGAUACGUCUAAAAUACUCUGUGGAUGAAUGCUUGACACAGUCAUGUUGGUCAAUAAUAUGAAUUGUUUGUUAUGGAAAUAAAAAGGAGAGAAUUGUA